CCAUUUUGCGUCUUCACGUAGGAGUACACAAAAUCCUACAGAGGGAUAAAAUACUGAAAAAAGAAUCUUCCAUCCGAACGAUCCCGUCCGAUCUAAUAUCAAAGAAACUUUUAAUAUUGUAACAUUUCAAUGCAUAAAAUGCAAAUACUGUUUCUGCCGACUUUAUUAAAUUCCCGUGAGAAUUUUCUUUUUGACGGAGAUUAAUAUAAAAGCCCAGUCUCACAUCCCUAUAAACCGCAAAAUUAUUUCGACCACCGACUACACAACAUCUCCCACCAUCAACAUGGCUUUCAACAGAUCACUACGACUAUUUACGUUAACUGCAGCACUUUUGUUGGUCUCAUGGAUGUUCAUCAGAAGUGCCCAGGGGCAAGUAACUUUUUCCAGAGAUUGGAAUCCUGGAAAGAGGAACGCUGAGCCAGUUUCUGAUCUGCACUCGGUCAUCAAGUCAUCAAAUGCGAUCUGUCAUUUAUUGAUCAAUCAAAUAAGACAGAUGAUUACUUGUGACACUCCCAGAGAUGACAUAGAGGUGGCGUCUAUUCCUAUGUUUAACGGACGGCGAUAAUUGUGUAAACAUUUAUGUAUUUAAUUAAUUUAUAGUUUACUGGCUGGAAUAUUUAAUAAAUAUUAAUAAGUAGAAAUA